AUGCGUCAACUCCUCCAGCCUUCCGCCGAAGUCGCCACAAGUGGACUAACCCUCACCACAAGUCCACUUCCCACCCCAGAUACAACAAAAGGUGAACACCUCAUCCGCGUGCAUGCUUGCUCCCCCUGCUCCGGGGAAUUAUUAUGGCCCAAGAACUUCCCUCCACCGAACUCCCGGGCACUCGUCCCCUGCCCGGAUAUGGCUGGGACUGUCAUCUCUGCACCACUAGACUCCCCGUAUCAACCGGGAGACGAGGUCUACGCCCGCACCAAUUACGUCCUGACCGAUGAAUUGGCCCGGAAGCCGAAGACCUUGAGUUGGGUGGAAGCGGCCGCCGUGCCUGUUUCCGCCCAGACGGCGUGGCAGAUUCUCUUCGUCCAUGCGGGUGUCGUCCCGACUACUACCCCCGAUGGGAGUGAUGUAAGCUUUGAAGCUGCUAAAGAGGCAUGGGCGGGAAAGCGGAUCCUUGUCACCGCUGCAUCAGGCGGCGUGGGGAUCUGGGUCGUCCAGCUAGCGAGACUUCUCGGGAUUGAAGUGGUCGGCACCUGUGGGAGCGAAGAGAACGCCGCGCUAGUCAAGUCCCUAGGCGCAAGCGAGGUACUAAACUACCGGACAACGGACUUUCGAUCAUGGGGAGCGGAAUUAGACGGUCGUCGCAAGGUCGACAUCGUGGUCGAUUGUAUUGGUCGGCAGGCGUUGCAGGACGCAUGGUGGACGGUGAAGGAGGACGGCACCGUACUGAGCAUUUAUGCGCCGCCUGGAAGUACUCGUCCGCGAGGAUGUCAGGUCAACGCAAAUGAUGUGUUCUUUAUCAUGGCGCCUAGUUCGCGGCAGUUGGAGGCGAUUACUCGGCUGAUUGAGGAUGGAAAAUGUCGUCCGUUGGUGGAUAGUGUGUGGCCGUUGGAGCAAUUCCUUUCGGCAUUUAGUAGGUUGGAUGAGGGUCAUACGAGGGGAAAGAUAGUGUUUGAUAUCAGGCUGAAUCAGUAG